AUGCCUUGUCCGCAAGCCGCAUUGCCUAGAUCUGCAAAAAGACAUGGUCAGCAAGGCUUUGAACCCCCUGGGGCGUCGACAGUCAAUACUGUGGUUCAACCGAGACUCUGGUCCUCAGACAAUGGCACAGUGUCCCUUCAAGAUAAGAGUUACUACACUUCUUCGGCAUGGCAGACAAAAUCUCAAAAGACCCUCGCCAACAUAUCCACUAUAACCGAUCCAUUCUGGGCCGAGCUCCCCACCAGUAUCAACACUGGCUUACUACGACAGUUCGCUCCUCGCAUCAACUCGACUGCCAUAUGGGAGAACAACUCAGCUGCUAUACUUCCUGAAGGCUGCUACCCAUUAUCGGACACCUUCUAUCUCCACUACGGAUAUGGACAGGACAAUGGCGCUCCAUUUCAAUACGACGUUGAGAUAUGUAUCCCACGAAACAUACCGGGAACAUAUUCGAGGAAGCUGACACUCAACACCACGACGGGUUACUUCGAGCUUCCCAACUACGCGAACUGCCAAGUCCCUGGGCCAUUGAUCGAAGAGAGUCCGUUUGGCAAGACCCCGCGGAAUUUCACCCCUCGGGAUCUAGACAUCGAUACAGCAUCGACUAUGCUGAACGCUACCUUGAAUGUGAUCAAUGCCGGCAAUAAAGGUCCCCUUCUUUACAUCACCAUGGCACUGUUUGGCGAGGGCUCGUUCGCUGAUGUGCGACACACGGUAUUGGCAGCCUAUGCCAACUCUAGCAUCAGCUACGGUGGUUGUAUUGACAUCAUCCCUUUCAUUCCACUCCUUGACGAUCCCCACUCCUCCUUUAAGACGUCACCGGGUAACCCGUGUCUAACGGGUAGCGGUCUAACGGGUAACGGUACCCGUGAUCGUGCAUACAUCGACGACACGAUGCAUGCAAUUGUUGCGGGGUACUUUUUCCUUUUCUCUGGAGACCCUGCCUAUGGACCAACUGCGGAACGAGUACAGAACGCCUUUGCCUCGGCCUCGUUUCUAGCCAACGACAUGUUCAUGACAAACAACUACCAUGAGCAGAGUAUCGGCAUCUCAUACGAUAUGGGGGCCGAUGUCUUGGCAUGUCUUCUGGCAUUAUCCCUCUAUAGCGCGUGGAUUCCUCGAGGGACUGGGACGCUUGACUCCUUUGCGAUGCUCCGGAUCGGCACCUCUAUGUCAGAAAAGGUUCCCCUGCUCGCCGCUCGGGAUGUCGACCGCAUCAAAGUACUCGAAGAGACUCCUGGGUGGAUGGGGAACGCAUCCGAUGGCGAGAUAGGGGAACUAUGCCUAGGCGGGGAAUGGCCACUCGAGAAAACGCGGCGUUAUCGCAGUUAUGACACCGUUGAUGCAGCUCAAGCGAUAGCGAUGAGGAAACCCUCAGGGGUAAUCAAACGAGAAGGAUAUUCCUUGGCUCCAGGAGAAAGCACAUAG